ACCACCCGCUGUCUCUCCUGGGCUAAAAAAUAUUCAUUUUGAUCGAGACUUCCAUUUGCUUCGCUCUUCAGUUCUCGUCUAUCCUCAAUCCGGUGACCAUGGGAGGAGGCAACGGUCAGAAGUCCAAGAUGGCUCGUGAGAAGAACCUUGAGAAGCAGAAACCUGCUAGGGGAAGCCAGUUAGAGUCCAACAAGAAGGCUAUGACUAUCCAGUGCAAGGUGUGCAUGCAGACAUUCAUGUGUACCACAACUGAGGUUAAGUGUCGAGAACAUGCUGAAGCAAAGCACCCAAAGUCUGACAUUUAUACAUGUUUUCCUCAUCUUAAAAAGUGACUGUUUGAUUGCAAAGUGAAAGCUUGUGGAUUGAUAUUUGGAGAACUUGCACAUACUGUACGUUGUUGUUACAUGACAAACUUGGUUAAUGGAACUAUCUAUCUAAUCAAAA